AUGCUGACUUCUUCUAAAAACAUUUGUGAAAGACUGUGCAAUAAGUACAUCCUUGAAAUGUCCUUGCUACUAAAUAUUCCACAGUCAACUGUUAGUGGUAUUAUAACAAAGUGGAAGCAACUGGGAACAACAGCAACUCAGCUACGAAGUAGUACGCUACAUAAAAUGGCAGAGCAGGGUCAGUGCAUGCUGAAGCAACAGUGCUCAGGAGUUUCCAACUGUCUGCAGAGUCAAUAGCUUAAGACCUCCAAACUUUGUGCGGCCUUCAGAUUAGCACAAUAACAGUGUGUAGAGAGAUUCAUGGAAUGGGCAAGCAGCUGCAUCCGAG